AAGUCAUUUGUAGAUUGUGCAUGUUACAUUGAGGUUAAAAUACUUUUGUUGUUGCACUGUGGACACUUGGCUAUGAAAGUGACAACACAUCUAUGUUAUAUCAUUAAGGGAGUAUAGGUUUAUAUUUAAGUAAAAUACAUGUGCUCUAUAUUACUUUAUUGAAAGUUUGUAAACAAAAUGGCGACAAAGUCUGAUAGAGUUUUCUUCUUCGGUUGUGUAUCAUGCAAGAAAAACAAGAAUAUCGAAGAAUAUGCAGUGUAUUACUGUGAAAAAUGUCAACAGUGUUUUUGUAGACAGUGCUGUGAGCUACAUCAUGACUAUUUGUUUAGUGAACAUGUAAAGUAUAACCGACUAAAUAUGAGGAACUGGCCAGUCUCAAAGGAGUUGGAGGCUGUUAUACUUAUGUGUGAAAUACACACUCAUAAACAACUAGAGACGUUCUGCAAAGAUCACAGUCAGCUGUGCUGCUCAAAAUGUGUUUCCUUAAGUCACAGAAAAUGCAAAAAAGUAACACUUAACUCAGCCAAGAAGCAGGCAGCAGAAGUACAAGAACUGUUUGAGAAACUCCUGAUCAAUAUGAGAAAACUGAGGAAACUGCAGAGUUGCUGUGAGUCUGGAAUCCAGGAUCUGAAGAGUUCAUACCAGGGGCAAGAACUCAUGGUACACAAAAUGAACAACAAAAUUAAAUCCACUAUGGCCAAAAUUGUGAGGAGAACUUUAAAGAAAAUACCUAAAGUUGAGCAAAACAAAAUCCAUGAAUUAAUGCAUUCCACUUUGUUUCAUAUAGAAAAUAUUACUUUAAAUGAAGCAAAAAUUACACUAUCAAGUCUUGAAGAUUCUCUCAAGACUGGCGUUGAAACCUGCAUCCGUCAUCAUCAUGAAUUAAAAGCACUCCAUGAACUCCUUCUAUACAGCAGUGACAACAACAACAAGAAACUCUGUAUUAUAGCUAGUCGAAAAUGCAUUGACAAAAUACAACAAGUUGAAUCAUACCUGGAUGAGAACAGUGUUAAACUUGAAUGUUCGGUAUUACAACAGACUAUACAAGGCACUGAGCAGUACAUUGUCAGAUUGUCAGGUCUGAGAAGGCUGAAAGAGAGUAUGAAAGCUCACACUGACAUUGAACAGUACUUGUCUAAACUGUCAGGUCUUGUGAGAGUUGUAGGUCCUAACUAUGUGUUUACUGUCCAGGGAAAGUCUGAGCACACUGUGAGAAUACCAAGUGAUUCAAAAUCAUGCUCUAUCACAGCCAUCUGUGUUCUCCCAGAUGGGCAAGUGCUUCUUGCAGACAGAGAUAAUAAGACGGUCAAGCUGCUGAACCAGCAGUACCGUGUGGUGAGCCACUUGGAUGUGAGGGCUGAGUCACAGGACAUUUGUCAGAUCACACCCAGUGGGGUUGCAGUGGCUAUGACUUAUAGAAACAUACAGUUUAUCACAGUCAUCCAGGGCCAACUCGCUCUUGGCAAGAUGUUUCAGUUACAACAUAGAUGUACAGGUAUUGCCCACAACCAGGGUGACCUUUAUAUCAGCUCUGGUACUGCUCUGUACAAGUUCACAUUGAGUGGCAAAUAUGUCUGCAGACUUUAUAAAGAUACAUCAGCUUAUGAUACAGUAUCGAGGUGUGCUGUGAGUCCCACAGGAGACAGGCUGUACAUCACCAGCUACCUGAACAAGCUUCUCACCCUGGCCAGGGAUGGCACACUCCUGGCUACAUACACAGACCCAGCACUAGGUGGCCUAUCUGGUCUACAUGUGACCCCUGCAGGCCAGGUGCUGGUCUGUGGAUGGAAGUCCGACACUGUACAACAGGUGGGCUGGGAGGGAAAGAGUAAGCUGGCUACGCUGGCUACUCAGGAGGAUGGACUGAGGAACCCAUGGUCAGUCUGCUACAGCAGCACCACAUCAUCCAUCAUUGUGGGACAGCACAGGAACAACAACAUCCUGGUGUUCAGAGUGGAAUAGUGUGUACAUUUGCUGCUGAGUCAGGACAACGAUGCUGAGGAUGUGGUGGACAAGAAUGACCUGAAUAUGCAGAAGGACAGCACCACCAUUGUUAUCGAGUUGGCCCAGCAACAGCACCAGUCCGGCCUGCAGGAGCCCCAGUCCAGGACGACCCAUCCACUCCCCUGACCCAUAACUCAUCAUACUUGAUAUCCAGAAAAAUGGGGCCUUAUGCAUGUGCUUAAAUUGUUGUCACAGAUAAGCCUAUGCAGUUUGCACAGGCUAAUAAUGGACAACAUUUUCCUCUUAAAGCAGAGCACCAGCAUUGAUAUCGAGUUGGCCCAGAAACCACACCAGUCACGCCUGCAGGAGCCCCAGUCCAGAACGACCCUUCCCCUGCCUUGACUUUUAACUCCUCCCCCUUGACCUCCUGCCUCAAAAAGUCAGCAUUGUUGAACAACUCCGUUCUGCAGCAAAUUCUGAGCAUGAAUCUGUUCUGAACAAACGCAAUGCCCACGUUACGUUUGCCAAACAUAAGCCUGGGUAGUUUUAUUAAGCUGGAGUUGCGCGUGGGCCUGAAAGGGACGAGUGUUACAGACACGCAAAGUUAUAGCAGUAGUUAUGGUAACGCUAACAGUCAGUUGUUGCUGUUGGACAUCACAACAAAUAUCAUGAAGAAUAAAAAGUUCAAUAACUCAUUCCAAUCUUUAUGAGACAAACAGAAAUUGAACGGGAGAAAAUCAAAGAACAAUAAAAGCGUAAGCUUUCCUAGUGGGAUACUUUUGCUGUUGAAAGUUUGGACAACAGUAGGGUUGCGGACUGCCCCAGAUUGUCCUCUCAGCGGCCAAAAUAUCAUAAUAGAACGGACUUUUGGCAAUGUUACUGACAAAGAAAGGCAAUAAUGACUUGGUUGUCAAUACCCAGAGCAAGAUACAUCCAUGCUGACAAAGAAAGGCAGUAAUGACUUGGUUGUGAACACCCAGAGCGCGAUACAUCCAUGCUGACACAGUAAGGCAGUAAUGACUUGGUUGUGAACACCCAGAGCAUAAUACAUCCGUGCUGACACAGAAAGGCAGUAAUAACUUGGUUGUGAACACCCAGAGCACAAUACAUACAUGCUGACACAGAAAGGAAGUAAUGACUUGGUUGUGAACACCCAGAGCACGAUACAUCCAUGCUGACACAGAAAGGCAGUAUGACUUGGCUGUGAACACAGAACACAAUACAGCCAUGCUGACACAGAAAGGCAGUAAUGACUUGGUUGUGAACACCCAGAGCAAGAUAUUUCCAUGCUGACACAGAAAGGCAGUAAUGACUAUGCUGUGAACACCUUGAGCAAGAUAUAUCCUUGCUAACACAGAAAGGCAGUAAUGACUAUGCUGUGAACACCCGGAGCAUAAUACAUCCAUGCUGACACAGAAAGGCAGUAAUGACUUGGUUGUGAACACCCAGGGCAAGAUAUAUCCAUGCUGACACAGAAAGGCAGUAAUGACUAUGCUGUGAACACCCAGAGCAAGAUAUAUACAUGCUGACACAGAAAGGCAGUAAUGAUUAUGCUGUCUAAACCCACAGAAAGAUAUAUCCAUGCUGACACAGAAAAGCAGUAAUGACUAUGCAGUGAACACCCAGAGCAAGAUAUAUCCAUGCUGACACAGAAAGGCAGUAAUGACUUGGUUUUGAACAACCAGAGGAAGAUAUAUCCAUGCUGACACAGAAAGGCAGUAAUGACUUGGCUGUGAACACAGAACCCGAUACACCCAUGCUGACACAGAAAAGGCAGUAAUGACUUGGCAGUAAACACAGAACACAAUACACCCAUGCUGACACAGAAUGGCAGUAAUGACUUUGCUGUGAACACAGAGCACAAUGCAUCCAUGCUGACACAAAAAGGCAGUAAUGACUUGGCUGUGAGCACAGAACACCAUACAUCCAUGCUGAUACAAAAAGGCAGUAAUGACAUGGCUGUGAACACAGAGCACAAUACAUCCAUGCUGACACAGAAAGGCAGUUAUGACUUGGUUGUGAACACAGAGCACAAUACAUCGUUGUUGACACAGAAAGGCAGUAAUGACUUGGCUGUGAACACAGAGCACAAUACAUCCAUGCUGACACAGAAAGGCAGUUAUGACUUGGUUGUGAACACAGAGCACAAUACAUCCUUGUUGACACAGAAAGGCAGUUAUGACUUUGCUGUGAACUCAGAGCACGAUACAUCCAUGCUGACACAGAAAGGCAGUAAUGACUAUGCUGCAAACACCCAGAGCACAAUACAUCCAUGCUGAAACAGAAAGGCAGUCAUGACUAUGCAGUGAACACCCAGAGCAAGAUAUAUCCAUGCUGACACAGAAAGGAAGUAAUGACUAUGCUGUGAACACCCAGAGCAAGAUAUAUCCAUGCUGACACAGAAAGGCAGUAAUGACUAUGCCAUGAACACCCAGAACACAAUACAUCCAUGCUGAAACAGAAAGUCAGUAAUGACUUGGUUGUGAACUCAGAGCACAAUACAUCCAUGCUGACACAGAAAGGCAGUAAUGACUUUGCUGUGAACUCAGAGCACGAUACAUCCAUGCUGACACAGAAAGGCAGUAAUGACUUGGAUGUAAACACCCAGAGCACAAUACAUCCAUGAUUACACAGAAAGGCAGUAAAGACUUGGUUGUAAACACCCAGAGCACAAUACAUCUAUGCUGACACAGAAAGGCAGUAAAGACUUUGUUGUAAACACUAAGAUAUCCAUACAUCCAUGGGGUGUGCCACAGACGCAAAUUACGCCCACCAUUUUGAAAAAGGUGCUUAAAGUGAACACGUCUGGUUUUGUUAUGAGCACUUAGCACUCCGAGCCUAAAAGGCCUCACAUUGAAUUGAUGCAAGAGAAGGCUUUGAAAAAUAACAGCAGUUUUGUUGUGUGGUCCAGUACGCCCUUCGACUCGCAACCUGAAGAAAGCAGAACUCAAACUCGUCUCUUAGCAAUAUCAGCAAGGCCAUCAUGUCAAUCUCAGCCUCUAGAGCUUCAGUGAACUUAACUAGCAAACAUGACAAACGUCAUUGAAGUGAAAGUCGAUGACAACCCCCUUCUUGCACAAAUACUACAACUCGCUUAAGAAAUUGAGCAUGAAGACGUCUUGCGUCAGACUACCAAGCCUCCUAUCAAUAUCUCCUCCCAUGUUGGCUACAUCAACACUUCCAACAGCAGAGCCUUGGUGAGUUUGACUUCCGUCUUAGCAUCGAUGUCGCUUAGCAACAAUUGGAUGAUGGGCGUCGACAAAUUAUGCCGGACAAGUCGCUCGAACUGAAACUAUCUGAUCCAACAGGUAGAGCAGGCGUUGCGUGACAUGUCCAUUAAUGUGACUACUCUAUAUGUUGUUCUCGAAUAAUGUGAACCUUAGGCCUGGAGAGCAGUAUGCGAUUGACGCCAUUCAACAACAGUUGUCGGCAAUUCUCGGGUUUGGGGUGGCGACUUUGGCGUCGGGACUCGCUCCAUCUCUGUCUAAGGCCCAGUCGCAGCAGCAGCAGCAGCAACAAGAACAAUAAGUAGUAUCUUAGUGGUGUUCUGGGAUAUGGGGCUUCAUGUAUGUGCUUAAAUUGUCAUCCAAGAUUAGCCUGUGCAGACUGCACCUACAUUAAGUCAUAUUAAAUUGUCAUCCCAGAUUAGCCUGUGCAGACUGCACAUACAUUAAGUCCUAUUAAAGUGUCAUCCCAGAUUAGCCUGUGCAGAUUGCACAUACAUUAAGUCCUAUUAAAGUGUCAUCUCAGAUAAGCCUGUGCAGACUGCACAUGCAUUAAGACCUAUUAAAGUGUCAUCCCAGAUUAGCCUGUGCUGAUUGCACAUUCUUAAAAUCCUAUUAAAGUGUCAUCCAAGAUUAGCCUGUGCAGACUGCACAUACAUUAAGUCCUAUUAAAGUGUCAUCCCAGAUUAGCCUGUGCAGACUGCACAUACAUUUAGUCCUAUUAAAGUGUCAUCUCAGAUUAGCCUGUGCAGACUGCACAUACAUUUAGUCCUAUUAAAGUGUCAUCCCAGAUUAGCCUGUGCAGACUGCACAUACAUUAAGUCCUAUUAAAGUGUCAUUUCAGAUUAGCCUGUGCAGACUGCACAUACAUUAAGUCCUAUUUAAGUGUCAUCCCAGAUUAGCCUGUGCAGACUGCACAUACAUUAAGUCCUAUUAAAGUGUCAUUUCAGAUUAGCCUGUGCAGACUGCACAUACAUUAAGUCCUAUUUAAGUGUCAUCCCAGAUUAGCCUGUGCAGACUGCUCAUACAUUAAGCCCUAUUUUCCCAGAAUGAGGCUCAUAUACUUCACUUAACAUCAGUAUUUUAUGUGCCUGAAAAGUUCCUAGCAUCAAAUGGGAAUUAUGUGCUUUUAAAUUGAUCACACAUAGUAAAUAAAAUGCAAAUAGCACUUGAUCUGAUAUCAAUUUUAAUUGUUUCUGCCUGAUUGAGAAAAAGGUCAAAGCAUCAAAUGGUAAGUAUGUGUUUUUAAAAUUAAUCAACUUGGUAAAUAAAUAGCAAUUGAUCUAAUAUCAGGUUUAAUCAUAGAAGGUAAAGGCAUAGUUUUGUGUAUUUUUCGGCCGAAAUUCAGCUCUUGAACAAAGCGUUUAUCUUUUACAAAAUCAGCUGUAAUAGACUUGUUAAAUUUGAUUUAAUUUUAGCAAAACAAAUAUUUAAAUGACUUCAGCACAUUAUACAAUUAUUCCCUUCAAUGUUUUUUUAAUUUCCUGAAUUUUGUUUUAAGAGCCGGUUCCUACAGGAUCCCAUGCAAUAGAUUGGUACCCAGCUGAACAACAGGCUUUCGGGUAAGCUGGGCCCGGAUAGGUGCAGCCAGUCUAAAGCUGGGGCUCCAAACUGUCCUGCCAAGUGGGCUGAUAUUACCUCUUCUACAAGGGACAUAUGUCAGUGAUGUGCAAAGAGCUGGUUUUCUGUUCACAGAGAAAUAUCCUAACAACUCCAACUCAGCCACUACAUCUCAACAGACAACCCGAAUAUCAAGGCAUUAAGUUUCUUCUGGAUGCAGUUACAGUCACAGCUUUCAAGCCAGCAGCUGUCGAUGUAUUGAAAUUUUCUCCUCUCCAUGUUACCUGACCUGUUGCCUGUGAACAUCCUGCACAUAGAACCUUUAUCCCAAUCGAUGUAAUUAAACCGGCCAAUCAAAAAGAUAGCCUGGUACAGCACUUGUCAUUAGAAUUUGACGCCAUGCAUGCCUUUGAAGAUCAUUUAUACAUACAAUUUAAGCAUGAUAGUCAAUAAGUGCCUGCGUUGGCUUCUUAAAAGACUCGCAGUCCUAAGCAUUUACGAUGGAAUUCCUCAUCUUGAAAUAUUGGGAAAGCAGGAAAACACCUGUCACUGUUAUGAAAAAAAUGAGGGAAUGACAAAGAACAAUAAGACCAGCCAAGUCCUGUGAUCAGACAAGUCCUGUGAUCAGACACGUCAUGUGAUAAGCCAAGUCUUAAGAUCAGCUUAGUUCUGUGGCCAGACACGUCUUGUGGCCAGCCAAGUGUUUUACCAGCCAUGUCCUGUGACCAGCGAAGUCCUGUGAUCAGCCAAGUCUUAGGAUCAGCUAAAUUGUGUGGCCAGCCAAGUCAUGUGACCAGCCAAGUGUUUUUACCAGCCAUGUCCUAUGACCAGCAGCUUUGUCUCGAGUGUACAGUCUGAUUGUAUGGGAAGAAAAAUCUACAUUUCAUAUUGUAUGGGCAUAAUGAUACUGACAGUAUCUUGAUGAUUAAGUAUUUUGUUAUAUAUUGGUAAAUAGACCAAUAUGAUAAGGGGAAACUCAGUAAUAGCAGUAAUUUAAAGUUUUAUUUCAAGAGCAAAAUAAUGCAAGUACUACAAUUGUGUCUGUAUUCAGAAACUGACUCUAUAUAGCUUUAUCCUGAUUAUCGUAAACAGACAGACACAAAUGAUUUUACAAUUUUUGUUUUUUAAACAUUGAUUUUAAGCCUUCACAAAGUUGUUUAAAUAAUGCUGAUACCUUGGACAAUAUUUAGCUUAUUUAUUGUAUAAACAAGACAUGCUUAUUUUUAGUUUUUACCUAUAAAAUAGCAAUAGCAAUAGGUAAAAUAAUUGAUCAGAACGGUUCAUAAUUGAGAUGCUUCUAUUUUGAUAUGGUUGUCAUUCUGUCUGUGUACAUUUCUCAUCAGUUUGCGCUUUUGAGGCAGUAUUUUGUCAAGAAUUUCAUGUAGUGAUGUUAUAGUAAAAUAUCAAAUAAUAAUUUGAUUUAUUCAAACUAUAUUAACCUUCUGUUAAUUAUCAAUUUAUUUAUUGACAACAGAUACUUUGUUUAAUAUUAACAAUAGUUAAGCGCGUUAUAAAAAUUGAGUGAAUGUACAUGCAUAAUAUUGCGAUAAUUGAUGCACACAUUAAUGGAAAACUAUUUAAUAAAGUGGAAUUUAGAAGUACAUCUUAAUUGUAAUGGAGUUUGUUUAAUUAUUAAAAAAAGGAUGCUUUCAUUGUUGAAAAUAUGAUAGUAAUUCCUCCACAAGUAAUUUUAUUUCAAAGUGAGUAUUUUCAUGAAGAAUGAUCCUAGAUAUGGUUGUAGAUUGUUCUUGUUGUAUCAUAUACUGACAUGCUCAUCAUUUGUGUUGACAUUUGCAUUCUAGCAUUAAAAGUUCAUUAUGCUUUAAAUAUUUGUAUGUUCACAUUUGCGACCAGCUUUUCUAAUGUAAUAAGUGAAUAACGUAACACAGAUUUAUGUGUCACUGUAUAUACGUUUAUUUUGUCAUUUGUAAAUAGAUCAACUGCAAAGAUAAUGUUUUUGUUUGUACAUUAUUCAUAAAAUGUAGCCAUUUCAAACAGAUACAUUCACUGUUUGAAUUCAUUUGUACAAAAUUGUUUCAUAUUAAACAUCAUUAACAUAUCAGGCAAUAGAACAAAAGAAUUGCUUCGGAUAAUUGUGCAAAUUAACCUGUAUAGUUAAUUCAGAGAUGCAGAAUAUCAGAUCAUUAACAUACUUUAAGCAUUAAAAACACCUUGUUUUAUGUCAAGCUUUUCAGUUAUUAUAAUAAGCAACUAUUAUCUGGAAAUUUGGAAAACAGUGAAGAACGAUUCAAGGGAGAGCAACUGUGAUAUACUAAAUAAAAGUCGUCUCCCUUGUUAGAGUAUAAUUGUACCUCUCAACGUAACAAGAACAUUGAAUCUUUUUUUAUAUUAUUCCACACUAUAAACUAUAUACUAUAUUCAUUCAGCAAUCACUAAAGAAAUAUGGUUUGCAUAAUUGUUUAUUUCUAUGCGUUAUACCAAAUUCACCAGUAUGGCAUCAAUUUAAGUUCAUCAUAUUUUAAUUGCCAAAAUUGGCCAUACAGUGCUAAAAGUUUGGUAUUCUGACUAUUAUAAGUGCAUGUUCUCAUACAAUAUCACAUUGUAUAUUUUAACACUGAGGCAAUAUGUGUUAAUAUAUUAAUUUUUAUUUAUUGACUUGUUGUUGCUUGUCAAGGUGUCUAAUUUUGAACUAUAGCUGUUAACUGAUUGUGACUAUUUUCCAGUUUUGAAUGAUUGCUUUUAGUUGAUUGUUUACAAGUGUGUUAAAGCUGUUUUCAUGUUGACCGCUCCACAUUAAAUGUCGUCGACGCGCAUUCACUGCGGCAAGGUUCCGUAAAACUCCCAACAAAUCUGAUGUCUUAUGAUUGGAUUCCAUACACACGUGGUUGUUUAUACUCAGCUAGCUUUGCAUUAAACAUGUCUGCUUUGUUGUUGAACAAUUAUACACAGCUUUUUAUUGGACAAAAUUGUGUAGUAUUUCAAAUUUUUGCUUUCGAUUUUUUAUUUCCAACAAAAAUAUACUUUGUUUAUUUGUAUGUAUAUUUAGCUAUAAUAAAUUUGUUUCUAUUAUAUAUAAACAACCUAUUUAUAAGCAAUAAACUAUAUUGGUAAAAGUAGAUUUAAGGUUCAAAAUCAUGUCUUAAUUUGUUUGAUUAUCCCAAAUUAACAUUUUGCAAAAGCAAAACUUGUUGAAUAAAGAAAAGUUUAUGCCACCAGGUCUUUUAACCAUUGAUUGUUUAUCACUAAUGAUCAGGACUUUAUCAGGGAUAAAUAAUUGCCUAUGCACGGUUAUAAUGUUUGUGUUUUUGAAUUGAAUAAUUUCUGUAGUUUGGUGAACAUUAAUUGCUUGUUUUUUUAAAGACAUAGCACAUGUCAUAUAAUAUAGUAUCAUUGUAGUUUUGGUAUGUUUAGGGAUAUAAUCAUGUUAAUGUAUGUGAUUUGCUGAUCCAUUUCUUAUUGAUUCACUCCAUUUAAUGUAUAUAGCCAUGCAUAGAGCAGGAAUCUUGUUGUACUGUGAAACAAAUGUUGUUAUAGCAAAUAAAAAAUGUAUGUUAA